AUGAAGUUGGAGCCACGGGAGGCCGAGGAUGACUUUGUGUGUGGGUGCGGUGAUGAUGAGGAUGGGAAGGCUUUCCUGGUGCUUUCUCUCCUCAAUGUGGGUUGUCAGGACCGGUGCAAGGGGGAGCCGUCCCAGCCCUUUCCAGCGCAGAUGAAGCGUAUCGUCGGGGGGCGUAGUGCUGUGCCAGGUCUCUUCCCCUGGCAGGUCCUCUUCACCGUGGAAGCCACUGUGGUGCCUGUGUCACCCGAACACGUCCGCGUCUACCUGGGCCUGCACGACGUCAGCGCCAAGCAACACGCCACCAACCGCUCAGUGGAGCAAGUCAUCCUCCACCCUUACUUCGACCCUUGCAACUACAACAACGACAUCGCCCUGGUCAAGCUGAGUCAGGCGGUGCCUGUGGGGGAGCUGGUGCGGCCUGUCUGCCUGCCCCCAGACAGCCCCCAGAGCUCCCAGCUCAACACCUUGGGCCUGGUGGCCGGCUGGGGCAUCUCCAACCGCAACGCCUCCGCGGCCGCUGACACUGCCAUGCUCUCCUCCGACCUGGGCAUGGUGUCGGACGUGAUGCAGUAUGUCAAGCUGCCCGUGGUGGCGCAGGAGGAGUGCAAGGCCAGCUACCCCUCAUGCUCCAUCAACUACAACAUCACUGACAACAUGUUCUGUGCCGGCUUCUACGAGGGCAGGCACGACACGUGCCUGGGGGACAGCGGGAGGCCUUUGUGA